GUAAAAUUUGAACGCGCGUACGUAGCGUGCUAGGUCGCAAGCUGCGGGUUAGCGUUAGCCACUUGUUUUGGCACGCUUUUCGCAUUCAUAUUUCAGCGUUCAUAAGGCACGCGUCGGUUCGGAAAAUACAUUACAAUACUCAUUGGAAAAAGAUCAACUUUUUUGACGAUAAAUCUCUUGGCUUCUCUUCUCUUCGAAGCGUCGCUCGUGUUGGUUGAUUUCACUUGCUCACAUUUAAAUGUAAUUUGUGAUUAAUUUAUUAUCGGUUGUAAUGAUUUCCGCCGCCUGAGAAUUUCGUAAAUAAAAUAGUGGAACAAUUGCCAGAUAUUUCUUGUUAGCGGAACGCGCAUUACUGUCAGGUCGAUUGUUUCAAAAUAAGAAAUGCCUCCAAAAGUGCCCUCAGCCAUGUCAUGGAUCUCGUCUUCUGUUGUGAUUUGUUUUCGAUUCCGGCCGCUGCUGCUGUUCGUGUUUUUUGCUCUAUGUGUUGCUUCUUUACGCGUUACAAAUAUGGAAUAUAUCUCACAUUAUAAUCAGCACAAUUUUACCUGUGAGGGCUGGAAGCGGGCUCCCGAGGCGGCAGCGGGUAAUUGCACACGUUACGGCCGCAAUGGAGCUCUGCGCUGUUAUGGCGGCAUAAGUAAUUUACCUGCAAUACCCGAACAAAAGAUGCACCGCUUAGAGGAUAUAAUUUUCUGUGGCUGGCCGAAGCACACCUUCAACCCCAUUACCGAUUUGCAGGCAUUUCCGAAAAUACGCUCGCUAAUUAUCGAAUACAGCGAGAUGCGAGAGUUCGUUUUCGAUUUUCCCGAAAUGUUUUAUCUACAAAGCAUCAAUAUAUCAUGGACGAAUCUAUCUCAAGUAAAUGCGCGCACCUUCAAGCGUGUACACGCCCUACGUAUCGUCGAUCUACGUUGGAAUAAGUUGGUGCAAUUGGAUGGGCCACUCCUGUUGCCUCGCUACUUCGAGGAACUCUACUUAGCUGACAAUCCUUGGAAUUGUACGCGCAAUUUUAAAUGGCUCUUGGUACCAGAGAAGGGUGCCAUUGUCGUUGAUCGUGAUGAGAUUAUUUGCAUGGAUAAGAAGUACCGAGAUCGUCAUAUGUUGACUGUGAUGAAUUUUAAAGUGAUGCUGCGCAAGGAAUGCCAAACGCACUAUGAUUUACAAAAUUGUACCUGCACAAUGCAUCACAUCAUUCCGAAGACGCACAUACCACUCUACACAAUCAAUUGUAGUAAUUUGCAAUUUCGAACAAUGCCCAGUUAUAUACCAGCAAACACAACAACAGUGUAUCUCAAUGAUAAUGAAAUCACAGAUAUAUUACCUUUACGUAACAAUCCAUAUUAUCGUCACGUGGUGGACAUCCAUUUGGACAAUAACCGCAUUGAGACGAUUGAUGUGUUAGAAGGUGGCUUUUGGUUUGAGCACUUUCGCUUACUCAGCUUGCGCGGUAAUCGAUUGCAAAAGUUACCUGUCUACGCACUCGAUAACGCACUGGACGACAAUCUCGACGCGAAUCUCCUACUUCUCAGCGGCAAUCCUUGGCAAUGCACUUGCAUAUUUACAAUGCGUUUUCGUGAGAUACUCAUGAAGUACAAUGAAAUAACGCGUGAUGCCAUAAAUAUCACGUGUACCUAUAAAAACAGCAGUCCGGUGCGUCGCGCCAAUGUGCUCUCGCUUACACGUGAAGAUGUCUGCAAACCGGAAGAGGAGCCGAAAAUAUAUCCUCUCGAUAUGCUCAAUGCAGUGUUGGCCUUUCUUAUACUUCUAAUUCUGAGUAAAUUAGCUUACGACUACUAUUACUAUAAAAAUUUUGGGCGCGUGCCAUGGAUUGUAAUGAAGUUGCCAUAAAUUUUGUCGAGGGAACAUACAAUUCCUCUAAUAUGUUAAAAAACUCUAAUUUGUGAUUAAUUUAGUUUAUUAAGUAGACUAAAUAAGAUAAAAAAGGUAAAUAUAACUAUUAAAAUGUGAACAUGAAACCCGUAUGUGAUUAAAAUUAAAUAUAUUAUAUGUGAUGUACUAAUAAACAUAUUAGAAUGCCUUAGGAAGAUUAAAAGGUAGCAAUGAAAGUUUAGAAUAAAAAUUUAAAAUAUUUUAAGCGACUAAGG